UGAUAACGGAGCUCUACACAAUCCACAUGUAGAAGGGAAGGUCAAACGGCGUCGUCUUCAGUUGCACUCUUCACCCUUCUCUAUCGUGAUCCAUCUCCGGUGGUCACUGAUUCAUCAUACGCCGUCGAUUACAUCUCAGCUCAACCUCUUCCACACUUUUCCCUUCAAAACAACGAAAAGUGGGCGGCGCUAAGGGGAAUCCUUCCCCCCCCUUUUUUUUUACUCCAGAGUAAUAUCUUUUUAUGGAUUUCGAUUUUCAAUUCAUUUGACGAGGAAGAAGAAGAUUUUAUAAUCAGACGAUGUCAAAGAAAGCCAGUAACUGCGGUAUUUGCGACAAUUCGAAUUGCGCUUCUAUUUGCGCCGUUUGCGUUAAUUACAGAUUAAAUGAGUAUAAUUGUUUGUUAAAAUCAUUGAAAAGCCAUCGUGAAUCUUUAUUUUCGAAAUUAAACGGACUGAUUGCCGCAAAGGGGAAAGCUGAUGAUCAACUGAACUGGGAAGUUAGUCAAAGCGAGAAACUGACUAACUUGAAAGAGAAGCUUCGUCGAAGCAAAGAACAAUUGGCUCAAGGGAAGGUUAAGAUUGAGAGAGUGUCUCAUGAAUUAAAGAUCAAAUAUGGAUUGCUUAAAUCAGCUGGUGCCACGUUGGAAAAAAAUAGCAUGGAAAAGCUCGAAAAGUUCUAUCCCAACCUUAUUCGCACACAGAGCUUGGGGCAUAUGGCAAUUACCUCAGAACGUCUUUAUAAGCAAUCUGUUGUCAUAAAGCAGAUAUGCAAAUUGUUUCCCCAACGACAUGUACAUUUGGAGGGGGAGGGAGGAGAUGGAUCUAGUGGUCAAUAUGAUCAUAUUUGUAAUGCUCGCUUGCCAAGAGGACUUGAUCCGCACUCUGUUACAUCAGAGGAGCUUGCUGCCUCGUUUGGCUACAUGGUGCAACUUCUAAAUCUUCUUGUUCACAAUUUGGCUGCCCCUGCUCUUCAUAAUUCAGGUUUUGCGGGAUCUUGCUCCCGGAUAUGGCAACGUGAUUCUUAUUGGGAUGCACGCCCUUCUUCUCGAAGCAAUGAGUACCUGCUUUUUAUACCUCGCCAAAAUUAUUGCUCCGCUACUGGUGAUAAUUCAUGGACAGAUAAAAGCUCUAGUAAUUUUGGUGUUGCUUCCAUGGAAUCUGAGAGAAGGCCUCAGCUGGAUUCAAGAAAUAGCUUCAAUUAUUCUUCUGCCUCUCCACACACUGUUGAAACACACAAGGACUUGCAGAAAGGGAUCUCUCUUCUGAAGAAAAGUGUGGCAUGCAUAACAAGUUACUGCUAUAACUCACUCUGUUUAGAUGUUCCUACUGAGGCAUCUACCUUUGAAGCAUUUUCUAAAUUGUUGGCCACACUAUCUUCAACUAAGGAAGUUCGAUCUGUUUUUUCCUUGAAAAUUGCUUGUUCAAGGUCGGGUAAGCAAGCUCAACAACUUAACAAAUCUGUAUGGAAUGUGAAUUCUCCUAUUUCAUCAAGCACGUUGCUGGAGAGUGCACACAUGCAGCCUUUUACGAAAAACAUCUCCGAUCACAACCUUCCUAGUUCGGCUGCCAGUUUGCUUUUUGCAAAUGAGAUGUCUGUUAACAGGAAGAACGAAAGCCUUAUCGAUGAAUGGGAUAUAGUGGAGCAUCUGAAAUUUCCCCCUCCACCAUCAGAAACUGAGGAUGUUGAGCACUGGACUCGAGCCAUGUUUAUCGAUGCCACGAGGACAAGGACAAAGAGAUGACUAAUAUUGAUAUUAUCCGUAUUUAGGUUAGGCCUAUGCUUAUUCCCCUCUAGUCAUAUAGCCAAAUACACAUUUUGUCCAGCG